CGCACGCCGCGGACUUUCUGUUUCCCUCUUCCUCUCGCAAGUCUUGCGUCCUCCGUGCACCGGAAGUGGCCGGCGGGUUGGAGGCUGUCGGGGCUAGAGCGUCAGGAAAGACCUAAAGAUUAGAUUGUAAGACAAGAAAAUAGAAGCCAUGUUUCGAAGACCUGUAUUACAGGUACUUCGUCAGUUUGUAAGACAUGAAUCUGAAAUAGCUAGCAGUUUGAUUCUUGAAAGAUCUCUGAAUCGUGUGCAGUUACUUGGGCGAGUGGGUCAGGACCCUGUCAUGAGACAGGUGGAAGGAAAAAAUCCAGUCACAAUAUUUUCUUUGGCAACAAAUGAGAUGUGGAGAUCAGGGGAAAAUGAAGUGUACCAAAUGGGUGAUGUCAGUCAAAAGACAACGUGGCACAGGAUAUCAGUAUUCCGGCCAGGUCUCAGAGAUGUGGCAUAUCAGUAUGUGAAAAAGGGGUCUCGAAUUUAUGUGGAAGGCAAAGUAGACUAUGGCGAAUACACAGAUAAAAAUAAUGUGAGACGGCAGGCAACAACAAUCAUAGCUGAUAACAUUAUAUUUCUGAGUGACCAGACCAAAGAGAAGGUGUAGAAUGGAUGAUUCUCCUUUGGCCGUUGCUUGACUUGAAGGCAAGGACUGACACUUCUCUGUGUACCUGUACCUUAACCAGUGCUUGGCACAGAAUAGCCACUCAAUAAAUGCUGACAGAGGAAUGAUCCCAAUGGGAUUUGAAGCUUUAACCCAAAUAGGAGGGGGAUUUGAAACAGUGGUUAGAGUCUAACCUAAAGGUCUUCAGCAUUAACCUUCCUUCUUCACAUCUUUCGUUUUUGGAUGGUUUGAUGAGUAGUGUUUGUGAACCAUAGUUUACCGAUAGUGAAGACCUAAAAUACAACUAGAGUUAAAGAGGUGAUGACACUGAAGCUCUAGUUUCGUUAUUUUCUAUGUUUCUGAGCCCUCUGUUCUUUUACUUUCUUACCCAGAACUGUAUGUGGAGUCGGGGUGCAGAGAUCAUCCUCUUAACAACCCUUGACAUUGCCUUCCUAGGUUCAGUCCUCAGGAACUGCAUUUGCUCUCUUGGUGCACAUACACACACUCAUGUACUCACAAUUACUUUUAGUAUAAAGUUCAGGAAGUUACAGAGUGUAACAAUUUGCCAAUGAAAAUUACAUAAAUUCUGUUUUUCAGUGCAUCUUUUGCUUUUAAAAGUUUGCAUCGGUCCUCCCCAGGUUUGCCGGCCAGUUUGCUGCACCUUUCCAGAGCAGCUGCUGCUGAGCAGUUUUGUUCAGAUUGUAGAAGUCUCUUUUUCUAUUUAGGCCACUUUGUUUGCAGCUUAGCCUCUGGCUGGCUUGUGUAGUUCCCCACUAUCCCUCUACCUGAGAGUAUGGUGCUGAAUGUAGCUUAGGUUGUGUUGAUCUUUAACAAGUUGAGCAUUUACAUGCUAUAUUAUGGGGCCUGAUCUUUUGUUUUACUGAAUUUCCUACACACUUGAGCAGUUUUUUUCCUCCCUGUGGGGCACAUGGGCUUGCUAGAAACAGAGAAAGAGGGAAAGU